AUGGUGCUGGGCAGCGUCAAGGUCUACGUCGCGUGCACCUCCGUGCUGUAUGUGAAAUUCGUGGCGGCCACGAUGAUGCAGGGAGCCAAGAAGUUCGCCACGGGCGGACGUCCACCCGAAGACUCGAAGUUCUCGGCUUCCAGCCGCAAGCAAACGCUCGGCCUGGACACGACGAGCGACGUCCAGAAGCUUGAAACUGCUCAGCGCUGGGGGAACAUCGUGAUGAACGAUCUCGAGUCGAUUCCGUUCGGUCUCUUGGUGUUCGGGGCGGGGGUCAUGGCCGGAGCGGACUAUGACGUUCACUAUGGCGCGAUGCUUGCGUUCACGACGGCGCGCUGUCUGCACACGUACGCCUAUGCGAAGGCACUGCAGCCCAUGCGCUCAGUGUGCCACGGCGUGGGGAUGAUGGCGACGCUGGUUGGGCUGGGCAAUGCUGUCCGGGCAGUUGUCUAG